AUGUCGGGAGGUGAUAACUCUCAAUCAAGGCAGCUUGAUCAGACACCCACGUGGGCAGUUGCUUUUGUUUGUGCGUUUAUCAUUAUAAUUUCUAUAGUAUUAGAGAAGGUUCUUCACAGAGUUGGGGAGUGGUUUCAAGAAAGACGCAAGAAGGCCCUGUAUGAAGCUCUUGAGAAGGUUAAAGGCGAGCUUAUGAUUUUAGGUUUCAUUUCCUUACUCCUGACUUUCGGCCAGAUCUACAUUGCCAAAGUAUGCAUUCCUGAGCAUUUUGCAAAUACAAUGUUGCCAUGUCCCUAUAGAGCAGGGGGAUUGGCACAUGGUGCAGAAGAUGGAGAACACAAGACUGAGAGUGCUGGAGAGGGACAUCAUCGAAAGCUUUUAUGGAAUGAGCGUAGAAUCUUAUCUGGAGGUGGAGAUUAUAAAUGCAUGGAGGGGUACGAGCCACUUAUAUCUAUUAAUGGAUUGCACCAAUUACACAUUUUCAUAUUCUUUUUAGCAGUCUUUCAUGUGGUGUAUAGUUGUGCUACAAUGGCGCUUGGAAGACUAAAGAUUCGUGGAUGGAGGGCUUGGGAGACUGAGACAUUAUCACAUGACUAUGAAUUUUCACAAGAUCAAGCAAGAUUUAGACUUACUAAAGAGACAUCUUUUGUAAAAGCACAUAACAAUUUCUGGACUCGGGUUCCCUUCUUGUUCAUCAUUGUAUGCUUUUUCCGACAGUUUUUCAGGUCUGUCCGAAAGGCUGACUAUUUAACCAUGCGGCAUGGAUUUGUGGCUGUUCACUUAGCUCCUGGAAGUAAGUUUGACUUCCAAAAAUAUAUCAAAAGGUCUUUAGAAGAUGAUUUCAAGGUAGUUGUGGGAAUCAGUCCAUUGUUAUGGGCUUCGGUUGUGGUAGUUUUUCUUUUGAAUGUUAAUGGAUGGCAUGCAAUGUUUUGGGUGUCUAUGAUCCCUCUGGUUGUUAUCUUAGCCGUUGGAACAAAACUUCAAUCAAUUAUAACAACUAUGGCUCUAGAAAUCCAAGAAAGACAUGCAGUGGUUCAAGGGAUUCCUCUUGUACAAGUCACUGACAGGCACUUUUGGUUUCACUGGCCUCAGUUAGUCCUUUAUCUCAUCCAUUUCGUUCUGUUUCAGAAUGCAUUCCAAAUAACAUAUUUCUUUUGGAUAUGGUAUGAGUUUGGGUUGAAAUCUUGCUUCCAUGAGAAUCUAACGCUUAUAUUCAUUAGAGUUGCCAUGGGGAUUGGAGUCCAAGUUGUGUGCAGCUACAUUACACUUCCUCUCUAUGCACUAGUAACUCAGAUGGGAUCAACCAUGAAGAAAUCCAUCUUUGAUGAACAGACGUCAAAGGCCCUUAAGAAGUGGCACAUGAACGCCGUGAAAAAGAAACAUACUGGGGACAAACCAGCAGCUUCCCCUACUAAGGGCCAUGGAGGAAGCCCUAAGUCUUCACCUAACCAAACCCCAACUCACCCACUUAAUCGUUCUGACAUUGAAGCUCAUGCAUCACCAACAGCAGCAAACCUUAUGGACAAACCAGAAAGUCUUCAACAAGAUGGGCAAAAUCCUCCCAUUGUGGUGGCAGAAGACUACACCAAGGCUGACCUACUAACUGGACUUUGA